UACAAAAUGGCAACCGCCUUACCCAAAUUAGCUUUAGUUGAGCAGAUUUCACAAAGGGUUAUGAGAGUACUCGGCUGUAAUCCCGGUGGUUUGAGACUGCAAGGAACAAACACAUAUUUAGUUGGCACAGGGAAACGUAAAAUUCUUAUUGACACUGGCGAUCCUGAGAUUCCAGAGUACACACAGCUGUUGAAGACUGUCCUCGACUCCCACAAUGCAUCGGUACAAGAAAUCAUCAUCACACAUUUCCAUGUGGACCAUGUUGGAGGAGUUCCAAGUGUUUGCAGGGACGUCUUGAAAACCACAUCUCUACCAGUGUCAAAAAUGCAUCGCGUGGAGGGACCAGAAUUUGAUUUGAGAGAUAUCAAGUACAGUUUUGUAGAUCACCAUCAUACAUUUAAAACAGAUGGUGUGACACUUAGGGCUCAUUUCAACCCUGGCCACUCGGACGACCACAUGAUUCUGUAUAUGGAGGAAGAAAACGCGGUGUUCUCAGGGGACACUAUACUCGGAGGCCGAACAACAACUGUUGAAAAUCUGUCUCAAUACAUGAAGUCACUGCAGGAUAUCCUAGAUUUAAAACCCGCAGUUAUCUACCCUGCACACGGAGCUGUGAUAAAUGACCCAGCUAGUACGAUCAACUAUUACAUCACACACAGGCAGGAACGGGAAAAACAGAUCACCCAGUUCCUAACAGACAGGAAGACAGAGGCACAUGCUGUGAUGACUAUUGUUAAGCACAUAUAUGUGGAUGUACCCGAGGAUCUACAUAAGUCUGCUGCUAAGAACGUCCACCAACAUCUACUUAAACUCAAAGACGAAGACAUUGUCGAAUGUUUCGACAACAAAUGGAAGCUGAGAGAAGCCUCAUAAUCAAGAUAUCCUUUCUAGUUCACAAUUACUCUUUUUAAAGGCAUAUUGUCACAGACCACUGACCAAUUUAAUGGUCUAACAAAGUAUUACCUGAACAAAAAUAAUUUGAUUUGUUCCUAAAUGUACUUUAUUCAACCAUCAUCAUAACCACCA